UCUAUUUAAAGUGCACAGAAAUGAAAAGAAAGGUAGUGAGUGCUGGCAGACUGAAAUUGAGUCCUAAUGAGGAAGCCUUCAUUUUAAAGGAAGAUUAUGAAAGAAGACGAAAACUAAGAUUGCUACAGGUUCGAGAACAGGAAAGAGAUAUCGCUUUACAGAUCAGAGAAGAUAUAAAACAGAGGAGAAAUCAGCAAUUUGCUCGUUUGGCGGAAGAGCUAAGGACAGAAUGGGAAGAAUCACAAACUCAGAAAAUAAAGAACUUGGAAAAACUGUAUUUGGCAAGUUUAAGGAGUAUGGGAGAGGGACAUCAACAAGCCAAAGAAAAUGAACCUGAUUUAAAUGCUCUGGCACAGCGGGCAGCAGAAAGAAAAAGAAAAGCAGAAAUGAGGCAUAAAGAGGCCCUGAAAGUACAGAAAAAUCAAAAGGAAACAUUAAUGAAACAAAAAACCUGGCACAUAAAAGCCCGAAAGGAAGCACUCCUUGUGGAAAAAGAGAGAUCUGCCAAAAUUACAAGUCUGCCACCUCCUCCUCCGACUCUUUUUGAGAACAUUGAAAUAAAGAGAGUUUCUAAUGUGAAAACCAGUAGUUCUACCUACCAUCAUCUUUAUGCUUUAGUGAAUAGAGAGAUGGACACAAAGCAGCCAGAUCCUCAUGUGGCUGCUGAAGAAGAAGCUAAAAGAUCAGAAGAACUGCAAAAACAAGCAGCGCAAGAGAGAAUGGAACGGUGUGAAAAGGCACAUGUCCGGGGUUUCCAAGCACUGAAAAAGAUCCAUUUGGCUCAAAAUCAAGAGAAGCUAAUGAAAGAACUCAGACAGCUGCAACAAGAGGACCUGGCACGGAGGAGACAGACUGUAGCACGAAUGCCACCACAGCUGGUUGAGCUCCCAUACAAACGCAGUGAGAUGAAAGAAGAUUGGCAGAGAGAGCUGGAGUUUGCCUUUGAAGACAUGUACAAUGCAGACAGGAAGGUGAAAGGAAACCUGAUUUUGCACCUUGAACCAGAGCCUUUGCCCGCUGUGACUGAUCAGAUCCAAGAUGAAGAACUGGACCUUUCAAUGGAACAGGAAAAUUUAAGUGAAACUGAAAACCUUCCAGUGACAGAAGCUGAGACAAUAUGUUCUAGUGAAGCAGACGUUCCUUUGUCAACGAAGACCCACCAGGUCCCUUCAAAAAUUCUUUUUAAAAAAUUAUUAAAUAAGAUCCGAAGCCAAAAAUCUCUCUGGACGAUUAAAUCCAUGUCUGAGGAUGAAAGUGAAAUGAUUACGACUGUUAAUGAAACAGAGAGUAAAGCACCAACAGUUGAAUCAGGAACAACCGCUAGUGAAGAGGGAACAUUAUCCUCGGGACAGGAACAAGUUGUUGAAAGUGAUUCACUAACAGUUGACUCUGGACCACUUACUAGUGAAGACAAACCACUUCCAUGCCAUACAAGCUCUGAAAAGGAACAAGAAAUAGAUGAGGCUCAGCCUAUCACAUCUGUAGCUCAGAGUUCAGUUCUACUUCAUCCUCAAGAAGAAGCAGCCAGAAUUAGAAUGGCAGCAAGGCAGAAACAGAUAAUGGAAAUAGAAGAGCAGAAGCAAAAGCAGUUGGAAUUACUUGAACAAAUUGAACAACAGAAGUUAAGAUUAGAAACUGAUUGCUUCAGGGCUCAGCUGGAAGAAGAAAAAAGAAAAAAAACUCAACAGACCGGGGUUGGCACUGCUCCAGCACCAUGCACUAUAAGUUCUGAUGAAGAUAGUCAUAGGCAGAUGAUUCGAAACUAUCAACAUCAGCUUUUACAGCAAAACAGGUUUCACAGACAAUCCAUUGAAAUAGCCAGGAAACGAUUACUUGAAUAUCAGACCAUAUUAAAAAGAAAGUACUCAUCCAUGUUAGCUACAUCAUUAAUAUCUGAUUCUGUUAUAUCAGCACCACCACAGAAAUCUGAAAGACCCACUGUUACAUCAGAGCAUUGGGAUCAAGGUCAGAGACCCAAGUUGAGUCCUAACAAAUAUCAACCUAUACAACCCAUACCGAUCCCCAAAUUAGAAAAAGAUUAUUUUCAGGUUCCAAGACAAAAUCACUUUCCACAAAGACAGGUAGAAACAACAGAAACAUUAAUCACUUCAGAUGUUUUAUCCAAGCAAUCUUUGGACUCACAAGAACAGCCAAAGCAAUUCUCAGAGACUGAAACACAACAGAGAGACUAUAAAUUGGUCCCUAAAGAUUCUCAUACACUUUCAAGGGCUUUGUCACAUGAUAAACCACUAAUAGUACAGAAUGUUAGAGAAAUAGCUGAAACAUCUAGCACAACCACUUUUCAGACUUUAGACUCCCAGCAAAUGUUCCUAGAGGACAAUGAAAGAAUAUCUUCUAAGUUAACUGAACCUUCUUCAUUCCUACCACUGGUGAUUGAGCGUUCUUUUAGUUCUCUGCCUGCUAAAGUUGAAUCUGGAAAAAUCCAGGAACCCUUUUCAACUAUGAGCAAAAGUACAGUUUCUGUAAGCCAUUCUGGAAUCAGCCAAAUGCAGGAUAAGUCUUUGCCAUCCUCAGACAAUAUCACAGCCCAGCAAGAUAAUUUAAAGGCUCUUCAAGAACAGUUAGACCUACAGAAAGAAGUUCUUCGGUCAAGACAGGAAGCUCAAGAACAAUUGCUUUUGGGCAAACAGAAAGAAUUGGAAGGGCAAACUGGUGUCUCCAUAUUCCUUCCAUUGGUGCCUCUGGAUUCGUUUGCUUCACUGCCUUCUGCUACAGCUGAAUCAGGGAGAAUCCAGGAAUCUUCUCCAACCAAGAAUGAUACUGUAGUUUCCUUGGGCCAUCCUAGGGUCCCACAACUUCAGGAUAGGCUUUUGAGUUUUUCACAGCCUAUCUUACCACAGGAUUUUAAGUUUCUCCAAGAACAGUUAGAUAUUCAAAGGGACAGCCUUCUAGCUAGGCGGGAAGCCCAGGAAGUAUUAUGUGUACAUAAACAGAAUGAAUUGGAUGAAAAAGUAUGGUCUGAACAGACUGAGCCCCCUUCUCUCCCAUCUCAGGGAGCUCAGCAUACAUUUACUUCACUACCUUCUGCCAGUACUCAAUCUGGAAAAAUCCAGGAGCAGUAUUCAUCUAAGAGUGAGAAUGGACUUCUCUCAGGCCAAUCUGAAAUCCCAAAAUUUCAGGAUGGAUCUUUGAGUUUCCUACAGCAGUUCCUACCUUUGCAUGAUAGUUUGAAGUUGCUCCAAGAACAGCUGACUACACACAGGGACGCUCUUCAGGCUAGGCAUGAAGCCCAAGCAGAAUUACUUUUACACAGGCAAAGGGAUUUGGGGGACAGUAAGUCUGGGCAGAUGAGUUCUUCAUUCCCACCAGUGGUAGCUCAACGUUCACUUGCUUUGCAAGCUUCUGCUAAAAUUGAGCCUAGAAAAAUUCAGAACCUUUUAUCUGAGGAGAGUAUUAUUCCCUCAAGUCAUUCAGUAAUCCCCAGAUUUCAGGAUGAGUCUCUUAGUUUUCCACAGCGUAACCUGCCACAGCAAGAAAAUUUGACAACACUCCAAGAACAGUCACACAUACAGAGGGUAAUACUCGGUGCUAAACCAGAAACUCAGGAAUUUGUACACAAACAAAGAGAAUUAGAAAAAAGAGUUUCUUCUGAACAGACUGGCACCUCUUCAUGCCUAUCCCAAGUAGCUGAAUCUGAAAGAUCCCAGGAAUUUAUGUCAAUCAAGAGUGAUAGUACAUUUCCUUUAAGUCGUUCUAAGAUCCCAAGAUUUCAGGAAAGAUUUACGAGAUUUUCACAGCAUACGCUACUUCCACAAGGUGAUUUGGAGGAACAGCCAGAAUGGCUAGACACAGAGAAGGAGUCCUUUCAUUUUAGCCAGAAAACCCAAGGAAAUAUAUCUUCUGAACAAACUGGCUCCUCCUCAUUCAUACCCCAGUUAGGACAGCUUUCAUUUACUUCCUUACCUUCUGCUGAAUCUGGUACAACCCAGGAACCUCUUUCAACAGAGAGUGAUGGUCAAAUUCCUUCAAGCCAUUUACAAAUUCCACAAUUGCAGGAUAGGCUUUUGAGGAUAUCCCAGCUCAUCCAGCCUCAACAAGAUAAUUUGAAGGCACUUCAAGAACAGUUAGCUACACAGAGGGAAGCCAUCGUUCAGUCUACACAGAAAGCUCAGGAAGAAUUACUUUUACAUAAACAGAGUGAGUGGAAGGAAAGAAUAUCUCCUGAGCAGGCUGGCACCUCUUCCUUCUUACCGCUAGUCACGCAAGAUUCAUCUGCUUCAUUACCUGUUACUGAAUCUGAUAGAAUCCAAGAACCUUGUCCAAUGAAGAGUGAUAAUACAGCCUCCUCAAGUCAUUCUGAGAUACCAAGGUUGCCUGAUAGGCUUUUGAAUUUAUCACAGCCUGUUUUACCUCAACAAGAUUAUCUUGCAUUUAAAGAACACUUGUACGCACAGACAAAUUCCCUUCCAUGUAGUGAGAAAACCCAGAAAGAAUUGGUUUUGCCCAAACAAUAUACAUUUGAGGAAAAGUUAUCUUCUGAGCAUUUUAGCCAACCUCACCAUGGUGAUUUAAAGACAUUUCAACAGCAGUUAGAUAUACAGAGGAAAGCCAUUCGAUCCAGACAGGAAGUCCAAGAAGAAUUGCUUUUGCAAAGACUAAGUAAAUUGGAGAAAAGGGUAUCAUCUGAGCAGACUAGCUCCUCUUUAUCCUUAUCGCAGGUAGCACCGCCUGUUGCUGACUCUGAAAGAAUCCAAAAAUCUUUUCCAAUCAGAAGUAACAAUACUGUUCCCUCCAGUCAUCCUGAGAUCCCAAGAUCACAGGAUAGGCUUUUGAGUUUAUCACAGGCUGUUCUGCCUCAGCAAGAUCAUUUGACAGCACAGUUGGCCUUACAAAGGGAAGUGGUGCAUUCUAGUGAGAAAGCCCAGGAAGAACUGCUUUUAAACAAGCAAAGCAAGUUGAUGGAGAGUGAAUCUCCUGAGCACACUAUUCCCUCUUUGGUUCUACCCAAGGAAAGAGAGCAUUCAUUUAUUCCACUACCUUUUGGUGAAGUUAAAUCUGAAAACAUUUGUGAAUUGUAUUCAUCCAAGAAUGAACACGCAGUGCCUUCAAGCGAUUCUAUGAGCCCAAGAUUUCAAGACAGACUUUUGAGUUUUUCACAACCUAUCUUAGCCCAGCAAGAUAACUUGGGACUUCAGAAGCAGCUGAAUCUACAAAAAGAAGUUCUGCGCUAUAGCCACAAAGCCCAAGAAGAAUUGCUUGCACAGAGACAAACUGCACUCCAGCAGCAGAUACAGAAACAUCAAGAGACUUUGCAGGAUUUCUUUAAAGAUAGUCGGACAAGUAAGCCCACAGUUGAAAAUGAUUUAAAAACCGGGAAGCUCAGAGAGUGGCUCCCUCAUCUCCAUGACCUAGCAAGAGAUGAUCAGGAAAACAUUAGUCCUGCAGAUAAGAGCAACUCUGAUGAUAAUCAGCUGCUUUCAGAAGAUGAUAGUACCAAGCAAAGUGGUGAGCAUCUGGACAAGGAACUGGGUAGGAGAUCCUCAAAGCCACCUGUAGCAAAAGUUAAAUGUGGACUGGACUUGAACCAGCAUGAACUUAGUGCUAUACAAGAGGUAGAAUCACCAGCAAGUGCAAGAACUUCUAUACUAGGUAAACCAGAAUUUUAUCAAGACAGAGACCCCUUGAGGGUCUCAAUUAGCCGGGAACAAAGUUUCCUUGGGAACCCACUGGACAGUGAUCCGUUUGGUCACGUUCACCCGAUUGCCCAGGAGAACAUCUGUGGUGAUGACUCUGAUGAAGCAGUCAAGGUCAAGGAGGCUGUGCUUGAGAAUCAUGCAGUAUUAAGCUAUGCUAUGGAGGAAGAACAACAUACAUAUCUGGGUCCAACUGUGAAGCCAGAUAAUAAGGCUGAAACACAAGAGAUUUAUCAUGAGCCAUUAUCUUCAAUAACUAUUUCUACUGGGAGCUUGUCAAGUAAUGAAAACACAGAUUUGAGCCUUAACAAUCCAGUUGACCUUGACUUUCCAGAAUUGGAAUACACUUUUCCAAAUUUGCAUCAUCAGCUGUUUAAACCCUUAGAACCACAUCCAGAUUAUGAUUUGUCAUCAUCAUCCUCUGGAAUUUCUCAAGACAGCAGACUCUUUUACCAGAGCUCAGAUUCUUCAUGUGGAAGCCCCCGUGCUACUUUAUCAUCCAAAAGUACAGACUCUUUUACAGCACUGAGGAGGACCAGCCUGCAUUCUUCUCUUAACACAAGCCUGAACCAGCAACCUGACCCUAACUUGGCUCUUGCUGCAGCUCCGAGUUUUGCUACAGAAAAUAUUAUUGAGGGAUCUGAACAGUCUUUUCAACAGCUUCUGCCAGAAUUUUCUUCACAGGAGGGGAGCCAGCAUGCUGAUCUACCAAGUAUUUUUAGCAUUGAACCAAGAGAUUCUUCCCAAGUCAUGGAAAAUCAGAACUGCUCUUCUGAACAGACUGAAAUAUUACAAAAUAAGAAAAAAGGUGUUCAUUUCCAGCUCUCUGUAGGAAAUUUGCAAAGUUCAGUCUUCAGUUCAUCUGCUGAAGCUAAUGUAUUUCAUCAGUUAAAUCUACAGCAUAGCACUCCAUGUGGUUCUACCUCUAGUGAGUGCUCAAUAAAAGACCAACUAGAAGGCAGAGAAGAAAGACGGGGCUUUGAAGAAGUAGCAAAAAGAGGGAUUGAUAAAAUCUUACAAAGUCAAGGACUCACUGAAGAUGAUAAAAAUGAAACCUGUGGGGUUUUAAAUAUAAAUCCACAUGUAGAGAAACUUGACUCUCAAUUAUGUGUAAGAACAGUGGAGAUGGGAACUUCAGUUCAGACACCGUAUUCAUUAACUGUUCAGAAUGAAAAAUAUUUUGAGAAUUCAACUAAAGCAGAAACUCCAAAAACCAUCAGAAACCUAUCUCAACUAGCACAGUCAGAGUUCUCUGUAAAUUCUGGAUCAUUUUCGUUACAGAGCUCUAUUCCAGUCUGGGAGACAGAGUCUGGCCAUGGUAUAAUGGAAGAACCAGAACUUACAUUAGUAAGCACCAGCGAUAUCAGUAUUGCUGAAGUGGAUUUUGCAAACUUAACCCUAGAAGACGAGAGAGAGAAUAAGGCAAAAACCUGUUUUCAGGUGAGUGAAUUUCUGCCUCUUCUAUCAGAAACAUCAGAACAUUCUGUGGAGAAGCCAACAACAGUGUCUACAGAAAUCCUUCCAAAGUUUACAGCUAUACCAGGCAGCUUGCAAGAGGCAUUUAUAAAACGAAAAAAAUCAUUUAUAGCGAGAUCCUCCCAGAGACAGAAAGAAAUCAAGAAUAAAAUCCGUGUCUCUGAAAAUUCUCAAGGCAAAAUAGUUAAGGAGAAACCUUCUACAGGUAUGUUCCCCACAUUUGUAUGUUUUCACAAAGAGAAUCUGGCAUUCUUUAUUAAACCACUUGUUCUCUGCUCAGGCUCAUCUAUGAGUCACCUAAAGGGUGUGAGUAAAGUCAGAGUGUCACUUCCUGAAGACAGAAAGGCCACACAAGCCCUCAUGCACCAAAGGGCUUUAAGAUUAUACAAUCAGUUAGCUGAAGUGAAACAGCAAAAGGAAGAGAAAGCAAAGCAAGAGGCUUAUGCCCAAAAUAGAGCAAGGGCAAAAGAAUUUCAUAAGAAAACACUAGAGAAACUUCGAGCCAAAAAUAUAUGCUGACUUUCUACAAAAAGUGUAAAGGGUUU